AUGUCGACCGCGGCGCUCUCCAGAGAAGAUGAAGCAGCAGCUGUCUCGCCCGGUUCUGGAGAUGUGUCCCCAACGACGGUGACCCGGGACGACGGCAAGAUGCAGAAGGAUAAUGGCUUUGUAUCGUCGCCAUUGCGGACAGAGCAACGACGGAGCACGGUCUUGGAUAAAGAGCUCCCCGACGUACCGCAGCAUGAGCCUGGCGCCGAGAAGAAGUUGGUGUUACCGCCUACCUUACAAUUCCCACCCCCUUCUUCAGCAGCGUUCCCUUUCAGUGCGAGCCCUGGCAGCGUGGGACCGUCGCCGACCACCGCCGAGGCUGUUGCCAAUGGAUUCAGUGUGAACGGAACUCUAGAGCCGUCCCCCAGCGGUAUCGAUCGCAGACGACCGCCAGCUCUCGGCACAUCCACGCCGCCAGAGCGACGACGAAGCGUGCAAUUCGUGCGUGGAACCAAUGAGGAAGAGGGGAGGCCAAACCACCUUGCCAAGACAACCACAUGGGAGACUGAUGAGGAUGCUGACGAGCAGGCUCAGAGAGACAGGCAAGGCUCUCACUCCUUCAUGAAGAAACUCAGGGCUUUUGCGUCCUCAAACCAUGUGCGGACCGCCAGCAGCGCGACUGUACCCACCGGCUUCUCCACGCCCAACGCCGCCCUUUCCCCACAGUCCGAACGCAGCGAACCCUUAUACCCCAUACCUUCUGAGGAUGUCGAAGCCGGAACGGAGGCCGAUGAAGAGGAUUUGUCUGGAAAUGAGGACAUCAGGGAGGGCGGGCGAAAGAAGCGGCGAAAGAGCAGGAGACCGCCGGUUGGGGGGAGCGAGUCACUGCCUUCAACGCCCAAGACAUCUCGCUUCACUUCGUUCAUGAGAGAUCAUCCCAUUCCCGGCACGUCGAGCAGCCGUCCUGCGCCUUCACGUCGAGCUACUCUAUCAGACGUCUCAGACAGCGGUAUGUUCGGAGUCUCAGAAGACGAGGGCAGAGACAAGAUUCGCAAUGCUUGGCGGCGAGGCAUUGAGGGCGCUCGCGGCUUGAGCUAUACUGCGCGAAAGGAAAGGGAGGGUGAAACCUCUGAGCACCGUCGUCCUGGGAAUCUGCGACGUAUCACUGGACUUGGGGACAGCUCUCCAUUCCGCCAGCGUGCCGACAGAUACAAUAGCGCUAGUGCGCAAAAGUGGCGGCAAGUCAAGGCUGGUCUCAAGAUGAUAGGCCAGCGGAAGAAAGACGAGCGGAUGCGAAUUGAUCACCAGAAAUCAGCGCAGCUGAUGGCUGAGUUGAUCGCAGGCGCUCCUGCAGCCCUCAUAUUUGCUAGCAUGUUUCAAAGGGACGACAAGUCACGACCCAAGGUACCCGUCCUCCUGGACCAGUUGAAGAUCAGUAUUCCUAGUGUGCACAGCCGCACAGACAAGACGGGCGACCGAGACUACAUCUACAGGGUGGAUCUGGAAUAUGGGAAUGGGCCGGCACGGAUGAACUGGACUAUCCAUCGAUCUGUGUUUGACUUUGUCAACCUGCAUGCCAAGUACAAGAGUGGCGAGUACCGCGACAAAGUCAAGCAUCUUGGAGCUGAGGACAAAAGCAAGGCAAAAAUCCCGCGAUUUCCCAAGAGUGUAAUUCCAUAUGCACGUGGCAUGCGCGGUCUGUUUGAUAAAUUGCAAGACGAAGACGACGAACCAGCAAUGAACGAGGCUCUAGCAGCGGCCGCGUCUUCCGGGACAUUGGAGAGCGCAACUGCGGCGAAUACUGCAGCCAAUUCGAGCAGCGCUCCAGGACACAAGAGAAAAAUAUCCGCAUUCGCUCCGCCUAGGAGACAGAGCACGAGUGAGAUUGGCAACAAUUCAGCAGAUCCCGAUGCGUUGACUGCACGGCAACGUGAGAUUUAUGCGGACCGAUCUCGCCAAAAGCUAGAAGUGUAUCUACAGCAGAUGAUACGAUGGCUGAUUUUCCGCCCCGAGAGCACGCGACUUUGCAAAUUCUUGGAGUUGUCGGCCAUGGCAAUUCGACUGUCCGCGGAAGGUGGCUAUCAAGGCAAGCAAGGCCUACUGAGGAUAGCUUCACGGCGACAGAAGGGACCAAUCGAGCUGCACCGGAAAACUUUGCAUCAGAUGUGGCCGUCCGCAAUAAAAGACCGAACUCGGCCACGUUGGUUCUUGGUUCGGCACAGCUACCUUGUGUGCGUCGACGGACCAGAAUCGCUCAACCCAUAUGAUGUGUUUUUAGUAGACUCAGACUUCGUCGUUGGAAAGCCGAAAAAGAAAAUUCGGGACCAGAAAAGUGCGCAGCAAAUGGCGAAGAUUGCAACCGAGAACGCAACGCCUACAAAGAAGGCUCAUAUCGUGCAACUCUACAACUCAGAGCGCAGCCUGAAGCUGGCCGCGCGCAACGAGAAGCAGUUGCAGCAAUUCGAAGAGUCAAUUCAUCACAUGAUGACAAACACAGUCUGGGCGCAGAAGCAGCGAUUCGGUAGCUUUGCACCUAUACGAAACAAUGUCUGGGCGCGCUGGCUUGUAGACGGCAGAGAUCACAUGUGGCAAGUAUCCCGCGCUAUUGAUAAUGCGAAGGACUUUGUGUAUAUCCACGAUUGGUGGCUAAGUCCAGAGCUAUACAUGCGACGCCCUGCCGCAAUCAGCCAGAAAUGGCGACUGGACCGCCUGCUUCAAAGAAAAGCAUCGCAAGGUGUCAAAAUCUUCGUUGUUGUGUACCGCAACAUUGAAUCAGCCAUCCCGAUUGAUUCGGAGUACACGAAAUGGAGUUUGCUGGAUUUGCAUCCGAACAUCUGGGUACAGAGGUCCCCGAAUCAGCUUCGACAAAACCAAUUCUUCUGGGCGCAUCACGAAAAGAUAUGCGUAGUCGACAACAUGAUGGCCUUUGUUGGCGGCAUCGACUUGUGCUUCGGCAGGUGGGAUGAUCCAAAUCACACUCUGACCGACGACAAGUUGACAGGCUUUGAGCUCGAUCAAGACUUGCCUCGAGAUUCGGAACACUGCCAGAUGUGGCCCGGCAAGGACUACUCAAAUCCCAGGGUGCAGGACUUCUACGCGUUGGACCGCCCGUACGAAGAAAUGUAUGAUCGUACCAAAGUACCACGAAUGCCGUGGCACGACAUUUCCAUGCAGAUUGUCGGUCAGCCUGCGCGAGACGUUGGACGACAUUUUGUUCAAAGGUGGAACUAUAUUCUGCGUUCGCGUGUUACUACCAGGCCGACUCCGGUAUUAAUGCCACCUCCAGAGUACGAUCAUGAAGAGUUGGAGAAGCUCGGCAUGACUGGCACCUGCCAGAUUCAGAUUCUUCGCUCAUGUUCAUUUUGGUCUAUUGGGACACCGAAUAAAGUGGAGCACAGCAUUAUGAAUGCGUACUGUGCCCUUAUUCGGAACUCGGAGCACUUUGUCUACAUCGAGAAUCAGUUCUUUGUGACCAGCACCGAGAAUGAUGGCACUACCAUACAUAACAGGAUAGGAGAUGCCAUUGUAGAUCGUGCGAUCCAGGCGCACGUGAAAGGUCAGAAAUGGCAGAUCUGCAUCAUCAUCCCAUUGAUGCCAGGGUUUCAGAACAGCGUCGAGGCAGCAGACGGUACCAGCGUUCGGCUGAUCAUGCAAGUUCAAUUCCGCAGCAUUUGUCGCGGGGACAAGUCGAUAUUCGGACGACUACGUGCAGCUGGAAUCGAGCCAGAAGACCAUGUCCGCUUUUACUCACUCCGGCAGUGGGGGAAGAUCGGGCCUCGCAAAUGCUUGACCACAGAGCAGCUUUAUAUUCACGCCAAGUGCAUGAUCGUCGAUGACAGGUCUGUCAUUAUCGGCUCUGCGAAUAUCAAUGAGCGUUCUAUGCUGGGAUCGCGAGACUCAGAAGUCGCUGCCGUGGUCACAGAUUCCAAAAUGCUGCCUAGCUUCAUGGGAGGCGAGCCAUACGAAGUGGGCGAGUUCGCCCACACGUUACGAAAACGUCUGAUGAGAGAGCACUUGGGCAUUGACGUUGAUGCGAUAUACCGUAGCGAGCAAGCAGCCGCCGAGCUUGAGCGGGAAGCGCAAGAAGCCGAAAUGGACCGCAUCUACAACAGCAACGAUUACUUCACUCCCACUCAAGAGUACUUCGAAACACCUCCUCAGUCUCCUCCAGCAGACGCUAUCAAGAACAGAUUGCAAAGCCUCGAUGCAACAGCCAUUGGUUCUGCCGGUCGCAAAGAAGAAGUGGACGGUUGGGCAGGCGCUAGUCAGACCGCUUCUUCGGAGGACAGGCCCGACCGUGAACAGGAGCCUGACUGGACGAAAGGCGGAGACCGUGAACUUGAUGUCGAGGGAUUUGGCUACGAUAACAUGAAGGGCCUUGCCGAGGCGGGACAGGACGGCUUCAGAGACACCUAUCUGGACCCCGAUGGACGCGAGGUUCUUGUUAGGAAGGAUGCCCCUGACGCGCUUAGAGUCCAGGCCCUCGCAAACGAAGAGAUUGUUCGUCAAAAGACCAACAGCACCGAAGGACGAAAGGAGCCGGCUGUUCAUCCUCCAUGGCCAACAGAACGCUUGGACACUGUUCAGCUCGGCCUGCCGAUGCGAUCACAGCUUCCCGAGCUACCUGUCCUCGACGAUACAGACAUUGGAGGUCCGCCACUAAGACAGGGUGCAUCUGAAUCGGCCAAGAAGAUCGUCGAUCCUCUUAUUCGUGCCCUUCGUCGACCAGAGGUAACCAAGGACUGCAUGACUGAUCCGUUAGCUGAUGGCUUCUAUCGAAACAUCUGGAAUCAGGUCGCUGAUAACAAUACCAAGAUCUAUCGGCAAGUGUUCCGUUGCAUGCCAGACUCAGAAGUGCUGGACUGGAGGCAGUACCAUGCGUUUAUCGACUACAACGAACGUUUCAUGCAAGCUCAAGGAUUGGGAACUAGCAAGCCACAACCACCCAAGGGAACUCGCAUAGCAUCUGGUCCACCAGGAGCAGGUGGUACGAAUGCAUCAAUGCCAACCCAUGCCACCUUUGGGGAAAAGGCGAACCCUAAAGGCAUGUUGGGUAGCCUAGUCGACAGGUUGCGACCUGGCAGCAAGGCUUCAACUGCUGGCACUGUUCACACGGAUGUUAACAACGAGAAGGAUGGCCGCGUCCGAGGCUCCCCUGCGACUCCUGGUUCCGGUGCUUCAAGUGGGCCAACUGCUGUCCCUUCAGAUGGUCCGACGCCGCUCGAAGAAAAGGACAAUAACAGGGAGAACGCCGCUUCAGACGGCAGAGAACUGCUCGAACAAGACACCGUUCCCGAUGAAAAGGAAACGACCAAGCAAGAAAAUGACGAGGCCGCAGCCACGCAGCAGGAUGACAACGUGGUCGUCAACCGCACGCGCACGGUGCAGAUUGACGCGUCUUCCAAUCCGCCAGAGAUGACUGCCACGCAGUCUUCCCAAGGCAACACGUUGCAAUACACAGCUUCGCAGAAGCGCCGUCGGCGUGCUACGACCAAGAGCAGUGCACGACCGGUGCCGGAUGACAUUCUGGGUAGAGAAGAAGCGGAGGAACUGCUGAAUCUUGUGCAGGGUCACCUUGUGCAUUGGCCCUAUGACUGGUACGUUCUCACUCUUUUAUCACUUUUAUGCCCCUCACCGUCUAACCAUUUCACAGGCUUGAGAAGGAGGAGCGGGGUAGCAACUGGCUCUACACCGUCGACACCAUUGCGCCGUUGGAAAUCUACGACUGA